AGAAGAGUUCGCAACUCAACCUAUUUCUCAAGUUGUUGUGAUUCGAAUUCUGCGUAUUUGUUUGUCUUAAUAUAUAUUAUAAAGCAAUGCAUACAACUUAUAAACAGUAAAGAACGUUAUUUUAAAUAUAUUGCUUUGAAAGAGCUCCGAAAGAUGAAGUUGUACUGUUUGAGUAACGACCCCAAUAAACCAUGCCACAUACUUACAUUCCGGGAAAUAACAGUUAUGUUAGAUUGUGGCCUAUCAAUGCAGUCACUCUUGAAUUUUUUGCCCUUAUCCUUCGUACCGUCAAAUCGACUGCUUAAUCUGAGUAAUUACAUGCCACCGGAUGUUUCAGAUCCAGAUUUAGAAGGGGAGCUGAAGGAAAAUGGGGAAAGGAUUUUUGUUGAUUCACCUCCAGAGUUUGGUCCUCCUCUUGACAAGUUAAUUGAUUUUGCCCAAGUUGAUGUGAUCCUAAUUUCAAAUUACAUGUGCAUGAUGGCCCUGCCUUUUGUUACUGAAGGCACUGGCUUUCGAGGUCGAGUGUAUGCUACUGAGCCUACUUUACAUAUCGGAAGACUGCUCUUAGAAGAAUUAGUGAUUUACAUUGAACAAUGUCCCAAGUCAUCAUUUUCUAGUCAAUGGAAAAACUAUGUUCACAAAUGUCCCUCUCCAUUCAAAGAAGCAUUUAUGCCGAAAUCAUGGAAACAAAUUUAUAAUAUGAGUAGCGUCAACGCGAGUCUCUCAAGAAUACAAAUGGUUGGUUACAACGAGAAAAUUGACGUGUAUGGAGCUUUGCAAGUAAUUCCAGCUAGUUCCGGCUACUGUUUGGGAUCAGCAAACUGGAUAAUUUCGUCAGAUCACGAAAAAAUUGUGUAUCUGAGCGGAUCCAGUACGCUCACAACACAUCCGCGACCGAUGGAUCACAAUGCCUUAAAAAACGCCGAUGUUUUCAUUAUGACAGAUCUAACUCAAACACCGAUUAGCAAUCCGGAUUCAAUGUUGGGAGUUCUGUGUGUGGUAGUUAGUUUAACUUUACGUGGAGGCGGUAAUGUUCUAAUACCAUGUUAUCCAAGCGGUGUAGUCUAUGAUUUAUUCGAAUGCCUAUCAGCUAAAAUGCAGGAGUCUGGAGUGUCCAAUUGUCCCAUGUUCUUUGUCUCACCAGUUGCAGACACUUCACUAGCAUAUUCUAACAUUUUAGCAGAAUGGCUCAGUACAGCGAAACAAAACAAGGUCUAUGUUCCGGAUGAACCAUUUCCCCAUGCCUUACUAGUGAAAAAUUCAAAAUUGAAACAUUUCAAACACAUAUACUCUGAUGGAUUCAGUACGGAAUUUCAAGAGCCUUGUGUCGUUUUUUGCGGACACCCAAGUUUGAGGUUUGGCGAUGUUGUCCAGUUUAUCGAGUUAUGGGGCAACAAUCCUAAAAACUGCAUAGUAUUUACUGAACCUGAUUAUGAUUAUAUAGAAGCGUUGGCUCCAUACCAACCGCUUCAGAUGAAAAUAGCUCAUUGCGCUAUAGAUACUUCGCUUAAUUUUACCCAAGCCAAUAAGCUAAUAAAGGAUCUUAAACCAACCACAUUAGUUGUGCCGGAAACAUAUACAAAGCCGCCCGUCUCAGCCCCCAAUCUUACAGAACUGGUUAUUCACAACACUCCAGAAGUGAAUUUAAUUCCAUAUAAAUGGGGAGAGAUUAUAAAUUUGCCUGUUAAAAGGAAACAGGGCCAACUGUUUAUAGAAACUGACGUUGCAAGCAAAAUAGUCCCCGUUGAAAUUAAACCAGGACUGAGCCUGUCUACAGUUACAGGAACUUUAAAUGUGAAAGACAAUGUUCAUAAGGUGCAAGACAUUUUAGACGAUCAGAAAUUACUGAAUAAAAAUGUCAAAUACGAAUGGGGUUCUGUGAACAUAAACGAAUUCAAGCAGAAACUGUUUCAAGAGGGUAUUACUGACGCUAAAGUGGAGUCUCUAGGAGGAAACGUUGUUGUAAUUCAUUUGCAAGAUGAAGAUGCCCUCAUUCAAUUGGAAGAUAACAAUACACAUGUGGUAUGCAAUGGAGACGAAGCUUUAAGAACUAAGUUAAGAAAUAUUGUCAUGCAGUGCUUGAAAACAUUCUGAGGUAAUACAUUUUUAUUAUUUGA